GGAACGAGAAGGACGAAAAGGACCCGAGUUUUGUUUGAGUCCGAGCACAGAAACUCACAGUUACUGCCACGAGGUGAAAUGGCGGAGAGACGUGUUCGGCGGGUCCGGGAAACCUUCACGUGUGUGGUCUGUCUGGACCUCCUGAAGGAUCCGGUGUCUACUCUCUGUGGACACAGCUACUGCCUGGACUGCCUCAGACGCCACUGGGAUGGAGAGGAUGGGAUGAAAAUCUACAGCUGUCCUCAGUGUAGGGUGACCUUCACAUCGAGGCCUGCACUCAGGAGAAACACCAUGUUAGAAAAUUUAAUAAAGCACAUGAUGGAGACCGCACUGGAACCUGCUCCUGCUGAUCACUGCUGUGCUGGACCUGAAGAUGUGUCCUGUGCUGUCUGCACAGAGAGCAAACUGAAAACCCACAACGCCAAUCUGGUGUCUCUGGUCUCGUACUGGGAUCAACACAUUCAGCCUCAUUAUGACGGUGCUGCGUUGGAGAAACUCAAGCUGGUGGAGCCCUCCGAGAACCUCCAGGAGAACAUCUGCUCUCGUCACGAUGAGGUUAAGAAGAUGUUCUGCCGUACCGAUAAGCAGUGUAUCUGUUAUCUCUGCUCUGUGGAGGAACAUCGAGGCCACGUCACGGUCUCAGCUGCAGUAGAAAGGACUGAGAGGCAGAAAGAGCUCGAGGGGAGUCGAGAACACAUCCAGCGGAGAAUCCAGGACCGAGAGAAAGAUGGGAAGCUGUUUCGACAGGAGCUGGAGACCAUCAAUCGCUCUGCUAAUAAAGUAGUGAAAGAAAACAAGAAGGUCUUCACCGAUAUGAUCCAUCUCCUGGAGAAAAGACGCUCCGAAGUGGAGCAGCAGGUCAGAUCGCAGCAGAAAAGUGAAGUGAGUCGAGUCAAAGAGCUUCAGGAGAAGCUGGAGCAGGAGAUCACUGAGCUGAAGAGGAAAGACGCUGAGAUGAAGAAGCUCUCAGACAUAGAGGAUCACAACCAGUUUCUCCAAAACUACUACACCCUGUCCCCCCUCGGUGAAUCCACAGACUCCCCCAGCUUACAUCUCAGUCAACGGCGCUUCAUUGAGCACAUGAAGGCGACCGUGUCAGGAGCCAGAGAUAAAAUACACGACAGUGUGAGCAGGAUAUUGGCCCGCUUCCCAGCGCCUGCGCCCGACGUGGAUGUCCCACGGCCAAAUCCACCACCAGGGUCCCAGACCAGAGCUGAAUUCCUAAAAUAUUCACAGGAAAUCGCACUGGAUCCCAACACAGCAAACCCACUUCUGUUGUUAUCUGAGAGGAACCGAAAAGCAACGUUACUCAUAGAGAAGUCGUCCUGCUCCAGUCACCCGGACCGGUUCACCGAGUGUCGGCAGGUCCUGAGCAGAGAGGGUCUGACCGGACGUUGCUACUGGGAGGUGGAGUGGGGGGGGCGAGGCGUUCAGGUAGCAGUGGCGUACAAGAACAUCAGCAGAGCAGUGAGCUUCCGUGAAUGUGCAUUUGGACUGAAUGACCAGUCCUGGGCGUUGGACUGCUACAGAAGAAGUUUCUUGCACAACAGAGUCCAAACCCCCGUCCCCGGUCCUGUGUCCUCCAGAGUAGGAGUGGACCUGGACCACAGCGCCGGUACCCUGUCCUUCUACAGCGUCUCUGAUGACACCAUGACCCUCCUCCACAGAGUCCAGACCAUGUGCACUCAGCCCCUCCACGCUGGAUUUGGGUUUUACUGUUGUGGAUCCACUGCUAAGUUCAGGAAGGUCAAAUAGACGGAAGGCCUUCAAUGGAAAAUGGGUUCAAUUCUGUGUUUUGUGAAUUCUUUUACUCAUUUUUUCUAGAUUGAUAGUUAGCUUUCAUUAGUUCUGUAAAUCUUUGCAGGUUGUUCUUUAUCCCUCCUGUGGUCCUCGGGUCAAAAUUAACCCUUUUUCAAAGUUUUCCAUAUCAUAAAUUUGAGUUUCUUCAACCAAACGGCCCAAAUAUAACACAAAUGGUUCCAAAAAAAUCCAAACAGUAACGACAAAACUUUGACAUACAAUGCGAUCAUCCUCUCCACAUCUUCUGAUCUUAACAAUUAGUCAAAAUAACUGCUAAUUUCUGCUUUUUUAAAACUCAUAAAUGGAGUUUGUUGAGCAUUGAUU